AUGUUACCAAUAAUAAAUAGACCGUUACUCAAUGAAGCGGAAUUGACAACAGUACAUGAACGACUCUUUGGACCCGAUAUUUGUGUGUUACAAGAUGAUGAGCAAUCUGAACUACCAAAAUCCACAAUUAAAGAACUUGUCAGAUCAUAUAUCACCACAAAAGACCAACUUGUUUCGGCAUCAGAUACACUUGCCAAAAUGUCCGAGUAUUAUGUUUCCAACACAGAAGUUUCAAUAACAAAAGAAGACCAAAUGAAAUCAUUACAGGAGCAAAUGGAGAUACACGAACGCAUCUAUGACAAGAUGGAUGAAGAAGAUAAACGUCGAGAAGAAAUCAAACAAAAGUGCCACCAGUUACAGUUACAACUGACCACUUUAAAAGAAAUUAUUAAUAACAUAAUAAAAUGCAAUAAAAACGAUGAUCUUACAUUUUACAAAAACUAUGAUGAUAAUAUUUACGACAUGAUCGAUUUAGAAACGAAAUUGUGUGACGAAGAAAAAAGUCCACUUCUUCUCAAAAUUGCAGACAUUGAACUGAAGCACAAAAAUAAGAUUGAAAGAUAUAAAAACUUAUUAAAAAUGACUGGAGAAUUCAAAUUGGAGUUUUUUGGACAAUUUGGAUUGCCAAAAAACAGUGUUUUUGAAGACUUCCACACACUUGAAAAGAACAUCAAAAGUAAAUUUGGGAAGGUGCUGUAUCAAACAAAAGGUGUCCCAAACGAAAAUGGAAUUCAAACUAUUUUUAAUACAGAACAGAAAUUCUGUGUUGUUUUUAAAAAAACAGGCAAAGAAGUUUAUUGUGGAUGUUGUGUUAUAAAAAGUGAAGGUAAACAAGAAGUGUAUCCGUUUUCUAUCAAAGAAGAUGGUCAUGUAAUUUUGGACGUAAAAUGUGACAAUUACUUCAUUGAUACAAAUAACAAAGCAAUCACAUUUGGAAAUUACACCGUUGAAUUAGCAAAACAACAACAAGUGAAUGUUUCAAACAAUUUUGUGUCAAAUCCACUACACCAAAGUUUAAUGGGCGCACAACGUUCUUCAAAACAGGUUGUGUGUGGUAUGAAUGUAGUCUUUAAUCCACAAGUCCAGAAUCCAAUACAAUCCGAUAAACCACAAAAUUUAUUUAUGUCACAGCACAAUGAAACUGUUCCACUAAAUCAACAAAUAAUUGGCGCAUCAACUUCAUCAAAACAGUUUGCUUAUCCUACAAACCCAUUCUCCAAUUUACAAGUCCAGAACACAGUACAAUCCGAUAAUGUACUGGGUUUAUUUGUUUCACAACACGCUGAAGUAAUUUUAAAUAAAACUACUUUUAAAGAAGAGUGUCUCACAAUUAUAUCUCUCAUUUAA